CUACUGAGUACUUCACCUGGCAGCUGAAUACUACUUACUCCCUUUUCGACUCAGCAGAAACGUCCGACUGCCAUCGGGUCGUCUGUGGUUUUGGGUCUGCUGUCAGUUUGGCUUCUGAUUUACCUGCUACUCUCCAGCUAUUCUAUCCAUAAUCGCAAUUGCUACAGACAACCAAUACUGACAGUCAUUCCCCCGCAUAUCAGUACAACAUGGCUUCCGAACCGACCUCGGCCCUGCUGCUGCUGCCACCUCCGCCAGCGGCCGACUUUGACCAACUUAAGUCUGCAUACGAGGCUACUCUGUCAACUGUCUGCUCUAGCCUUCAUCUCAAGCUGGACGGGUCCGACCGCGUGGCUCCUCUCGAUGUUGCACUAUCCCUACCAGGCUUGCUCGCCCCUUCCUGCCGACCCCGCACUAGAGCGUUUGCAAGCCUGCAGUCGAUUCUUGAAGGCAUAUACCGGUUGAUUGGGAUUGUAUGUAUUGAACACAAGAUCGAGUUGGAUAUGCCUGGAGGUAUCGAUGCACGGGUCAUACUCCUCGACUAUGAUCUGUCUCGAAGCCCGGAAAGCAUUCCAGCAGUUCCGCGCGAUGGCCCGAUCGUCGACCUGCGGACUCUGGCUAGGUCAGGACGACCAUGGAAGUCAAUUUACUACCCUGAUAAUCAGAUAGGACAGGAUCUGGCCGCAGCCUUCAGUAGCUUCUAUUCUCCGGUGGCGGAUUCUAAACUUCCCGACUCUGGUUCAUUACAUGCCAUCCCAGACGCACCUCACUGGACUCCAUCAGAAUAUCUUGUGACCCUAGGCGAUCUCCACGAAGCCACGUCGCCCUACACAGUCGCUGUGGGGGGCACGUUCGACCACUUCCACAUUGGACACAAACUAUUACUGACCGCAACAGCACUUGUCCUACAGCCCGUGGAGGAUGCUGAUGCGGGGAGGGAACGAGUCCUCGUCGUGGGAGUGACCGGCGAUGAGUUGUUGGUAAAGAAAAAGUAUCCCGAAUUCUUGGAAAGCUGGGAAGAACGCAGCCAUAGCACGGGUGCCUUCUUGACUGCCAUCAUGAAUUUCCGUGCUUCCGGACCCAGUGGAUCUCAGCUUGAAGAGGCCCCGGAGCCGGGUUCUGAUGGGAAGUACAUCCUCAUGAAGUUACGGCCCGAUCUAGUUUUCAAAUUGGUGGAGAUCAAGGAUCCAUUUGGUCCUACCAUCACUGAUGAGAGCAUUGGCGCCCUUGUGGUCUCUAAGGAGACUCGGUCGGGCGGCGCUGCAGUCAAUGAUGCACGGACGAAGAAAGGAUGGGCACCGUUGGCUGUUUUCGAGGUCGAUGUCCUGCAUACAACGGAGGUGCCUCCCGAUGACGCGGAGGACUUUGCAUCCAAGAUAAGCAGCACGGAUAUCAGGCGGCGGCGGAUGGAGAAGGCUUUGCAAUGAUUGAUUGGCGCGAAAGUUCCCGAGAUGCGCGAUCUCGAUGCGGGAAAUUAGUGGUGAUCUGAGCCAAUCGUACAAGCAAAGGUCUGUUCGACAACAACGAUGAUGAGGUCUAGAUGGCCUU